UAUAUGCAAACAUGGAUGAGUGACUCAAGAAGACAUAUAUACAUGGCUCCAUACAUUGACGGGUCUCAUUGGCAGUUAAUGGUAAUCAUUCCUAAGGAAUAUACCGUGGUGUGGUUUUGUUCACUUCAUCGAAAACCAAGCCAGGAAAUUAAAAGCCAAUUACAUGGAAUCGUGUCUGGAGCUAAUAUAUUAAGUGGAAGAGCCAGAUCAUCAAAGUCAUUGCAUUUCAUAUACCCUAAGUGUAAUAAGCAACAAGACUCGUUUGAAUGUGGCUAUUACAUCAUGUAUUGGAUGAAAGCCAUAGUUUCUGCGGGUAUUAUUGAUUCUUGGGCGCAGGUGUUGGGUAUAUAA